GUGCAGAGAGGGGCGUGGCGGCCCUUAAGGAUGAAGCCUGGGGUGAAAGGGGAAAGGGUGUGGUCAGGAGCUCCCAGGAAGAGGCGGAGCCACUGAGCAAGGGGUGUGGCCAAUAGGGCGUGGGAUGUUAAAGAAGAAAGCAUUGGGUAUCCCGGUCAGAGCCAUUGGGCAAGGGGUGAGGUCGUGGCGGGGAGUGGGGUUGUGGGGGGAAUCCUGUUUGGGGGCGUGGCCAUGUGAGAAGGGCCAUUGACUGAAGGAUGUGGUUGUGGGUGCAGUGUUGGGAUCACGUGUUGGGGCGUGGCCAUUCCUGAUCUAAGAAGAGGUAAUUGAGGAAGCUGAGCCGGGAGGGAGCCUGGAGCUGUUAGAUGGAAAGGCCUCUGCCGUCCUGCUGGUGACCGAUGGGACCCACAGCGUGCAUUGCCUGGUGACCCCCGAGGCCCUGAGCAUGGCUGCCUGGGACGAGAAGCACUUUGGUUUUAGGAGGGCAGUGGGCCGGCUGCUUCUGCUGCAGGACUUCAGAGUGUCUGUUCAAGAGGUGGCUGAGACUUCACUGGGGAAUGGGGAGUUCUGCCUCUGGGUCCAUCGCUUCAUCCUGCUGCCCACAGAGCUCCCAAGGGAGGGAGUGACAAGCUGUAACUGGGACCCAGCUGUUCGGAGAAAACUUCAGGAGUAUAAAAAGCACCAUGAAAGGGAGAGGACCCCAUCUAACAUAGAUCGAAGUUCUACACUGUCCCAGUUGCUGGAGGAGAUGUGUGAAGACCGACGGAGCUUACUGAGCUGUCAGGCCCAGAGCUGCCUGGAGCUGGGGGGCUCCCAGGGGGGUUCUCUGCCCCUUACUCGAUGGGAAGACUCUCGAAGGAGGGCCCAGGGAGAAGUCGUGUUCACUAUCCCAGGCCUGAGGCUGUAUAUCAAUGCAGAAGAGGAGGACACCCUUCAGAACCUGAAGACAGUUUCUGAAAACAGCCCCGAGCUUCAGAAUUUAGAGAAGACCCCAGCAGACCCCUGGCCUUUACUGCCAGCCCUGUCCUUAACACAGUCCUCUUCUUCCGCUUCUUCCUACGUAGAGGCCGUGGAGUGUUUGCCCUUCUCGACCGAGGCAAGCCCAAGUCUGCUAAAAGAUAACCACCCCAACACCCAGGAACUCUCUUCAGAAUCUCGGGAGCUCCUCGACCUGUCACCUCUGCUCUUUCAGGGCAGUGGCUCCUCUUGUAUCCAGCCCUCCUGCCCUCAGGAUCCACCUUCUUCCUCACAGGAGCAGCUCCCUCCGGCCUUUCCCUCUUCCCCCCAGGCAGCAGCUAGUCAUUCUAGGGUUGAGUGGGAAAUCCCCAGGACAGGUGGCCAACAGCAGCCGCUUGGAGCCCUGUCAAGGGCUAGUCUUAGAGCUAGGGGAAGCAAGGACAGACCAGGAAGCAGGAAGCCCAGCCUGGAGUUUGUGAGCAAGAGGGUCAAGAGUGUCGUCUGGCUUCCAGAGAGUGCUCCCUCAGGCCCCUCCAGCCCAGGAGAAGGGCCGGCCUCAGCCAGGGUCCCUCCCAAGAGACACCUGGAUGGCUCCCCUUUUCAGUACAACUACCCAGAGCCCUGCGUCCAGCUUUGUUCCCAGGUUGUAGCUACCAGACUCUGCCCAUCGCUCCUGGACUGGGCCAGACAGGUACUGACGGAUACCGACAUGGUGGAGGUGUGAGAGCCCUGAGGUGCUGCAGACGCUGGCUCGUCUUCUCCUCUCCCCAUUGUCUUGGGGGCCAGAGUUAAUAAAAAGAGCUGAAUUGCA